UUGAUUCAUGUAAAUCAGAAAAGACCAAGUCUUUUGCUGUUGAUCGUUCAAAAGAAUCCAUGGAAAUGGAAUUCUACUCAUACCCAUCUCGUGUUUUCCCUCUUUCCUCUUCUAUUUGUUCGUUUUCUAUAAGGGAUUUGGUUGAUAGGGCUAAAGAUUUCUUUACCGUUGCGGUUUCUGCAAUCAUUGGCAGCGUCUUAUCUGCAAUCUUCACCUUCUUCUUUGCAUUAGUGGGCACCUUAUUAGGAGCAUUGACUGGAGCUUUGAUUGGCCAGGAGACGGAGAGUGGAUUUGUUAGAGGUGCUGCAGUUGGUGCCAUCUCUGGUGCUGUUUUCUCUCUUGAAGUCUUUGAGUCAUCUCUGUUACUAUGGCAGUCGGAUGAAUCUGGAAUAACAUGUCUUGUUUACUUGAUUGAUGUACUCACAAGCCUGUUAAAUGGUCGAUUGGUUCGCGAGAGGAUUGGCCCAGCAAUGCUAAGUGCAGUCCAGAGUCAGAUGGGAGCUGUUGAACUUGCAUAUGACGAGGUCCCUAACAUUUUUGAUACGGGUGCGGCUAAAGGCUUGCAUGGAGAUUCUGUUGAAAAGAUCCCAAAAAUUGUAAUCACAAAAGGUAACAACUUGGAUGAUUCUGGAGAGAGAGUCUCUUGUUCCGUCUGCCUUCAGGACUUUCAACUGGGAGAAACUGUUAGAUGUUUGCCACAAUGUCAUCACAUGUUUCACUUGCCAUGCAUCGACACAUGGCUGUUGAGACAUGGCUCUUGCCCAAUGUGCAGAAGGGAUCUGUAAUUGCUCCAUAAACUAUACCAAGGUUAUAUAAGUUCUUCAUACUUGCUUGUAUGGUUUCCUUAGCUGUCUUUCUUCACUUGCUCCAAUUUUCAAGGAAACCUGUGUAUUUAGUGGCAAGUAUGUGCUUUUUCGAGUUUGGUUGUUGUAGACUAUUACUUACCUGUAAAUUGAGCUAUUGUAGUGUUCACUA